AUGAUUUUGAUAAAAAUAUUUAAAUCAUGGAUUUCUUUGAUCAAGAAGCUGAGGAAUCACAGGAAAGAAAAGAAAUCACGCAAGAAACGAAUAGAUGAUGAUGAGGAAGAAGAUGAGGAAGAUGAUGAGGAGCAGCUUGCAGAAGAAAUGAAAGACUUGAUCAAUGACGAUGUGGAAGAAGAAGAAAGUGAGGAUGAAAAUGAUGAUGGUAAACGCAAACACGAAUCUGACGAAGAAGAUGACGAUCAAUUAGAAGAUGAUGAUUAUGAUUUGAUUGAAGAGAAUCUUGGGAUUAAAGUAUCCCGAAAGCCUAAAAAGCGUAAAAGAAUUCGUGUUGUGUCAGAAGAUGAAGAUAGUGAUCAAGAAAUGGCUGAAGGCACAACCGAUGAACAGAGACAGGAGAUUGCCAAUACAUUAUUUGAUGACGAUGAUGAUGAAGCUGGUGAGGAAAGUGCUGUACCUGUCAGUGAGCGAGAAGAAGAACCAAAGAAAGAUGAUUUGGCUUUAGAUUUGGAAGGUUCAGAAGAGGAAGAAUCUGAUAUUGAUGAUUUUAUUGUGGAUGAGGAAGGCCAACCAAUCAGUCGAGGCAAAAAGAAGAAGCCAGUUAUCCACACUGACAAAUCACUGCAAAUUGCUCAAGAUAUAUUUGGUGUUGAUUUUGACUUUGCUGACUUUGACCAAUAUGAUGAAGAAGAAGAUGAAGAAGACUAUGAUGAGUAUGAUGAGGAAGCUGGAGAAGACGGUGAAACUGUUACAAAGACAAAGAAAGCUGGGCGCAAAAGAACCACAAAGAAAAGUAUUUAUGAGGUUUAUGAACCUAGUGAAUUGGAAAGAGGACAUUUCACUGAUCUUGAUAACGAAAUCAGAACUGUUGAUAUACCAGAAAGAUUCCAGCUGCGUCAAAUCCGUGUCACUGCUACAGAAGAAGGGGAAUUGGAUGAGGAAGCUGAAUGGAUCUACAAACAAGCUUUUAUCAACAAACCCAUCUCCAAACAAAGUGAUGCAGCUGAUUCACAGUAUACUUAUCACCAACAGAAAGGGGCAUCAACCAUUAGCAAAAUUAGAGAUGCUUUGAAUUUCAUGAGAAACCAACUCCUUGAAGUACCAUUUAUUGCUUUCUACCGAAAAGAGUAUGUAGAACCAGAACUGAACAUAAAUGAUUUAUGGAGAGUUUGGCAGUUUGAUGAAAAGUGGACUCAAUUACGAACCCGGAAACAAAAUCUUGUUCGUUUGUUUGAGAAAAUGCAAAAUUACCAAUUUGAAGAAAAUUCUGAUCCUGAUAAAGUCUUGGAAUCCAGGCCAUUGUCUGUUGAUGAUGUUCAAAGAGUGAAACGGGUUCAAACCCUGGAAGAAUUGAGAGACUGUUACCAGCAUUUUCUCCUACAUUAUGGUGCUGAUAUUCCCAAGAUGAGGAAUAUGGAGAAAAGGAAAAAGAAUGAAGAGGAGAAUAAUGUUGAAGAACAGACCCCAGAGGAACCAGUGGACAACAUCAAGCAAGCAACCCGAAAAACUGGUUAUGACAUUUGCUUACAAGCUAAAUUGGAUGACAUAGCACAGAAAUUUGGUUUGACCCCUGAACAGUUUGGUGAGAAUUUGCGUGACAAUUAUCAACGUCAUGAAGUUGACCAGUAUCCUGGAGAACCUUCUGAGUUAGCCAAAGAAUUGAUUUGUGGUCAAUUCUCUACCGAAGAAGAUGUGUUGAUGGGAGCCCGACAUAUUGUGGCUAUGCAAAUUGCUCAUGAUCCUCUUGUACGUCAAUGUAUUCGUGCAGCCUAUUUUGAAAGAGCCAAAAUCAAGACACGGCCAACUAAAAAGGGAGUAAAGGAAAUCGAUGAAUGUCAUACCUGCUAUGGGUGGAAAUAUCUUCGAAACAAGCCUGUUAUUGACUUGAAAGAAGAUGCUUUUGUAAAGCUCUCUCAGGCUGAAGAAGAUGGCUUACUGAAAAUUGAAUUCAGUAUGGAUAAUUUUACUGGUAACACCCAAACCUAUUUCAAAGAGAUCCAACAACUUUAUUACAGAGACGAGUUCAGUAAACUCGUGCAACAGUGGAAUACUCAACGCAGUCAAGCUUUGGAAAGGGCUUUAACAAAAAUUCUUUAUCCUCAAAUGGAAAAGGAAAUACGAUCAAAAUUACUCCAAGAAGGAAGGGAUUUUGUGUUACGGGCUUGCUGUCGUAAAUUACUCAACUGGCUAAAAGUAGCUCCUUAUCAAGUUGACCAACAAUUGGAUGAUGACUAUGAUUAUGAUGACAACAACAAUGGGUUGAAAGUCAUGGGUGUGGCUUAUUCAACCAACAGGGAUACUCCUGCAUUUGCUACAAUCAUUGAUGGAAAUGGUCAAGUGACAGAUUUCCUUCGUUUACAGGACAUGACAAAAAGACGAAAUGCAUGGCGACCAAAAGACAAAGAAGCCAAGGAAAAGGACAUAGCCAGACUUAAGGCUUUUAUGGCCAAAAAGAAACCUCAUGCUGUGGCUGUUACUGGAGAAUCAAGAGAGAGUUUGAUGAUCAUUGAUGAUAUUAAAGCUAUAAUCAUUGAACUGGAACAGGAAGACAUUCCUCCUAUCAAUGUGGAAUUGGUUGAACAUGACUUGGCAUUGGUUUAUGAGAACAGCAAUCGAGCCAUGAAUGAAUUCCGUGAUUAUCCUCCUGUAUUACGUCAUGCUGUCUCUGUUGCCCGUCGUCUUCAAGAUCCUCUGAUUGAAUUUGCUUCCUUGUGCAAUCCAGAUGAAGAUAUCCUUUGCCUCAAAUACCAUCCUUUACAAGAUUGUUUGCCAAAAGACAUUUUGUUGAAUGCUCUCCACCUUGAAUUCAUCAACCGUGUCAAUGAAGUCGGGGUUGAUGUUAACCAAGCCCUUGACUACAACCAUCAUGCCUCCUUGCUCCAGUUUGUUUGUGGCCUUGGACCCAGGAAAGGGUCCCAUCUUACUAGGAUUCUCAAACAAAACAAUAGCCGCUUAGAAAAUCGCACUCAACUUGUAACUGUGUGUCAUAUGGGUCCCAAAGUUUUCAUUAACUGUGCUGGCUUUAUUAAAAUUGAUACCAGCUCUCUGGGAGACAGUACUGAAGCUUAUGUUGAGGUUCUUGAUGGUUCUCGGGUCCACCCUGAAACUUAUGAAUGGGCCAGAAAAAUGGCAGUGGAUGCUCUUGAAUAUGAUGACACUGCUGAAGAUGCAAACCCUGCUGGUGCACUGGAAGAAAUUUUGGAAAGCCCUGAAAGACUGAAAGACCUUGAUCUUGAUGCCUUUGCUGAAGAACUUGAUCGGCAGGGCUAUGGUAAUAAACACAUUACUUUGUAUGAUAUCCGAGCUGAGUUGAACCAUCGUUACAAAGAUCUGAGAACACCUUUCAGGCCACCUAACAAUGAAGAAAAAUUCAAUAUGCUAACGAAAGAAACUCCGAUUACAUUUUAUGUUGGUAAACUGGUUUUGUGUGUUGUGACUGGCAUUGCUCGUAAGCGACCACAGGGAGAACAACUUGAUGAAGCAAACCCUGUGAGGAAUGAAGAAACUGGAUUAUGGCAAUGUCCAUUUUGUCAGAAAAAAGAUUUUCCUGAACUUAGUGAAGUUUGGAGCCAUUUUGAUGCUGGUAACUGCCCAGGAUCUGCUGUUGGGGUCAAAGUUCGUUUGGAUAAUAGUGUUUCUGGUUUCAUUCCAACAAAAAUGAUUAGUGAUAAACAAGUGACAAACCCUGAAGACAGAGUAAAGAUUGGCCAAACACUACACUGCAGAAUUACCAAAAUUGAUAUUGAUCGAUUCCAAGUGGAACUUACAUGUCGUUCUUCAGAUCUUCAAGACAAAGAUGGCAACUGGAAACCACAGAGAGAUCUCUAUUUUGAUUUUGAUGCUGAAAAAAGUGACCUGACAAAGGAGGAAGACCGAAGAAAGGUUCAGGCCAGACAAACUUACAUCAAGCGAGUGAUUGUCCAUCCCUCAUUUCAUAACAUCAGCUUUAAAGAAUGUGAAAAGUUAAUGGCUGGAAUGGACCAAGGGGAAGUAAUCAUUCGACCAAGCAGCAAGGGUGCUGACCAUUUGACUGUGACGUGGAAAACUGCUGAGGAAGUUUUGCAGCACAUUGAUGUGCGAGAAGAAGGCAAAGAGAAUGCUUUCAGUUUGGGAAGAUCCCUUUGGAUUGGCAGUGAGGAAUUUGAAGAUUUGGAUGAAAUCAUAGCUCGACACAUUCAGCCAAUGGCAGCCUUUGCCCGUGAUAUCAUUCAUUUCAAAUACUACAAAGAUGGCUGUGAUGGUAAAAAAGACGUGAUAGACAAAGGCCUUAUUGAGGAAAAGAAAAAGGCACCUUCCAGAAUUCCUUAUUUGCUGACUGUUUCCUACCAAUUCCCAGGCAAGUUUAUGUUGUCCUACUUGCCCCGUAACAAACCACGGCACGAAUAUGUCACAGUUACUCCAGAUGGUAUUCGUUACAGAUCACAGACUUUCCAUUCACUCAACUCUCUGAUUCGUUGGUUCAAAGAACAUUUCAGAGAUCCUAUUCCAGGAACACCAUCAAGCAGUUCGAGAACACCAGCUCCACCUUUCACAACUCCUGCUCUUACUAUGCAAGGUGUUGAUGCUGCUACCAUCCAAAGAGCAGCUGCUGGUCUCCCCAACAACAUCUACAACACACUGGCUCAAGUUGCCAGUGGCACACCUCAACACAUAGCAAACAGCUCUAAUUUCGCUGGUGCAUACAGUGGCAAUAAUUAUUAUCAGCCAAUGGCCACACCACUGAUGACUCCAAUGUUAACACCUUCCUACCCAGGCCAGACGCUGCAAGCAACACCUGCACAUUCAUUAGCCACACCUUCUUAUCAGCCAACACCCAGGUCUACUAUUUGGCCUGGUGCCACUCCCAGUCGCACUCCACAGAGAACACAGCCCCGCCCUACAACAAGCAAUACAGAUUGGGCCAAAGCAGCUGAAAUGUGGGCAAAGAGGAAACAGAGUGGAGCAUCCACCCCUAAACCAGGAACUCCUCGUCACAGUAGCAGCAGUAGUCCGGCAGUCCGAUCGAUGCCCAACUCUACUGAGGGUGCUGGUGAUGCCACACCUCUUAUAGAUGAGCGUUGA